UCUUCAGAGUGAUUCAGAAUUAAUAUUUUAUUGCAAAUUUAAUCGUCGUUUCUCGAGGAAAGAAUGCGUUUCGAAGAAUUUCUCAUUCCAUGGGAAUCACUUGAACACAAUUUACGUCACGAUUCGAGUAAUAAUACAUUUUUGAUGUUUGCAGAUAUCUUAAAUUACAUCUACAGUAUUAUUGUGGAAUACAGUAAAAUGUACGUCAUUAAACACUCAAAUCAUACAUGUUAUCUUAUUAUAUAAAGGGUUGCCUCUUCAUUGAUAUUUCAAUCGUUUUUACUUGGAGCAAAAGGAAGGAUCUAUUUUCUAAAAUUUCUUCACCAAAUACACAUCGACGAGAUGCCACUGUCAGAGUUCCGUAAAAAGAAGUUACUCUACGUUUUUAACACCUUCUUCGAUUUCAAUCAGAGUGGUGCAAUUGACAGAAAGGAUCUUGAUCUUGCUAUACAACGAAUCAAUGAAAACAGAGGUUGGUCUGCUGACAAUCCCAAGGCUCAAAGUAUAAGGGAUACUUUGCUUAAAAUGUGGGAUAACUUGAGGCAAGGAGCUGAUACGGAUCAAGAUGGCCAGGUGAGUCGAGAGGAAUGGUUCCAACUGUGGGAAGAAUAUGCGAAAAAUCCAUCGAAUCCAUCCGAAUGGCAAGAAGCAUACAUGUCUGUGACGUUCCAGUUGUUCGAUGCAUCCGGUGACAAAUCGAUCGACGAGAACGAAUUUUGUAACGUGUGCAGAUACCACGGAAUCGCGGAGGCCGAGGCCAGAGAGGCCUUCAAAAAAUUAGGAGUCGGACAGGAAAUUACCUGGGAUAAAUUCACCAACCUCUGGAAGCAAUAUUUCUCCUCGGACGAGCCGAGCGCAGCCGGAAACUUUAUUUUCGGAAAGACUUCCUUCUAACUCGCUUUAAACCCGCGGAAAAGUCAACCGACGUGCAUAAUAUAUAUAUAUUAUAUUAUACUUC